CCUCCCACCCCAUCACAUCUCGUCCUUUUACUUGCCAGUUGUGACUAUUUAACCCAGUUUACCUCUCCCUUUUUUCGCUUCUGCGGCGCGCAUCAUAUCGUCCCGCGUCUUCCGCCUCUUCCUCUUUUGCUGCUUUCUUUUCCUGCCGCAGCUCUCGGACUCUUCACUCUCUCUGCUUCCUGUUUUUUUUUAAGGUUUUUGUUGUUGUGCUUAAAAGAAUGCGAACAGUUUUCCUCUGACGCAUGUGUGGCCACAUGACGAGCUGCCCUGAACCUUUUCCUCCGCUGCUCUCUCAGGUCUGACGCGCCUGUACCUGUCCAUGGUGCUGAAACGCAUUUCCACGAAGAAGAACCGGCUCGCUGUUGCUCCAAAAUCUCCAGAAAUAGUCAAUAUUUCUGCGUCUUUUCGGGUUCUGCUGGUGAGAUAAUUUCGGCAGUAGCUGGCUCAUCGUCCCGGUGAGGUUUGUGAACUCAAAGCAGAAGGAGUUGAUCCUGAAGGAAGCGGAAAGAAUCGAUAGUGACUCCAUCGAUUUCAGGAGGACUCAUCUUUUCAGACUUGACAAACACCAGAGAAUCGGAUGCAUGGACGAUUGCUGUAACGCAACUUAGACUGGAGAUAUUUUCUCUGUGAAGAACCAGUUGGGAAACUGGAAACAGUGGAUGAAUUCAUUUUAUUUGUAGCGUAUCCAAAAACAUAUUUGUUGGUCCGGGGAGGGGGGUUUUUUCUCCUCUACUGGAUCAACUGAGAAUUCAACGUCCCCCCCCCUCCUCCCUAAAAUAAAACUUGUCCUGAAUACCAAAUGGUAGUUUGAGGAGGCCGCGAUCAAGACAAUGGAGGCGUCCGCCAACGGGUCCAGUUUUGGCAUCGACUCGCUGCUGUCCCACAGGCCGGGAAGUCCGGUGUCCAAGGGGGACAGCCUGGUGGGGGAGUGCCGCUCGCCUCUGGAGUUCAGCCCGAGAUCAGACGUGGAGAGCGGCUGCUCGUCGCCUCCGUCGCCGAGGAGGGAGUGCGUGGAGGAGGUGGCCCAGAGGCAAGGUCACGGCGUCGGCCUGCCACCGCACCUCCAGCACGCGCAGAUAUCGGCGGGGUCGCAGCAGAGGACCGUGACCUCGUCGUUCCUCAUCAGAGAUAUUCUUGCGGACUGUAAGCCUCUAGCCGCCUGCGCGCCCUACUCCAGCAAUGGACAGCCGACUCAGGAGGCAGGGAGACUGGCCUCGAAGAUAGCGGACGACUUUAUGGAGAAAAUCCACAGCAACUCGUCGUCAGACAGUGAAUAUAAAGUGAAAGAGGAGGGGGACAGGGAGAUCUCCAGCAGUAGAGACAGCCCUCAGGUCCGGCUCAAGAAGCCCAGGAAGGCCCGGACGGCCUUCACAGACCACCAGCUGGCCCAGCUGGAGCGCAGCUUCGAGCGGCAGAAGUACCUGAGCGUCCAGGACCGCAUGGAGCUGGCGGCCUCCCUCAACCUCACCGACACGCAGGUCAAGACCUGGUACCAGAACCGGAGGACAAAGUGGAAGAGGCAGACGGCGGUGGGACUCGAGCUGUUGGCGGAAGCUGGAAACUAUUCUGCCCUGCAGAGGAUGUUCCCGUCCCCGUACUUCUACCCGCAGAGCCUGGUGUCCAACCUGGACCCAGGAGCGGCCCUCUACCUAUACAGAGGCCCCUCGGCGCCCCCGCCGGCCCUGCAGAGACCACUGGUCCCGCGGAUCCUGCUGCACGGCCUGCAGGGGGGCAGCGAGCCGCCGCCUCCGCCGCCUCCUCUGCCCCCCAUGUCCGGCGUGCUUCCCCGGCCGGCUCAGCAGCGGUGAGCCGGCCCCCUGCGCACAGUUUCUUGAACGCUGACCUUGGCAGCUUGGGACUCAUUAGGAGAAAUAAAACAAAGACGGAAAAAGAUGAAAACGUGACGAAAAAGAGAAACAUGAAAAUAAAAAAAACUUCUCAGCCUUUACAUGGUACAAACACCGAGAGAGGCUGAAGCCUGUGGACGGAGCUCUGUGACUGAAACUCAAACUGUCUGUGUGGAAGGAUCUUUUUCUGUUUUUUGGGGGGGCAUGAGCUUUAUUUAUACCUUAUUUAUUUUUCAACAUGAAUCAAAGUAUUUAAGUUAUGUAUUUAUUUGAUCCCAGCUUCAGUAUUUUCAGUGUUUUUCCCAACAACAGAUAGAAAUGUUGGUGGCACUUUGACCUACAGUUCAAAGCCGAUUACACCCCCUAUUAUUAUUAUUAUUAUUAUUAUUAUUAUUAUUGUUAUUAUCAUCAUCAUCAUCAUCAUCAUCAUCAUCAUUAUUAUGUGGACGUUCCUGGAUGGUGGCAAAGGCGGAAACACAAUAUCCUUUCAUGUAAUUUGAAUAUAAUGUAGUUAGGGGAUCCAAAGGAACAAUUCGUUUUUUUUUUCUUUUUUCUUUUCUUUGUAAAUUUGUCAUUGAUUUUUCUUUACACGUGAAGAACAAGCUGAUCAGCAGUCAUAAACCUGUAAAUAAGAAUAUUUUGCAUUUUAUUCGAAAGAGACUGAUUUUAAAGAAACUUUUUUUUUUUUGGUUUGUUUGUUUGAUCUAUUAGUGCGUCUUUUUCAGACCACGGUGAUCCAGUUUAACAUAAUAGGCUAGAUUAGCCAUCAGAUAAAUAAAUCAAUAAAAAAAAUAAAAAACAUAUUGUCUGAGAAAGGAUGGACUACCUGCCUGGACCCACGUGUGGGCACAAACACGAGAGUUAUGGAAAGAAAGAAAUCUAUAUAAAGUCUUUUUUCUUGUUCUUAGUUGAAGUUUUAGCGAAGUAAAAAUGUCAAGUAAUUUAUAAAAAAGCAGUUUUCUCCUCGCAGAGGGGUGAACGGGGGGAGCCAGUCACCUCAGUGAUGUUUCUUUUUUUAUUUUUUCGAUAAACAAACCGAUUGGACUCGGUUCCACGUCCAGGUGUAACUGCCUGUCGAUUUGCUAUAGAUGUAUUUGAACAGACGUUGUGCAUUACUUAUGUUAUUUCAUAUGACGCCGUGAUAACCCUUAACUGUUAUACUCUCCUUUGGUGAAAAUGUAUAUUGCAGAUAUCAAACUUGUGGAGUGGUUCUUGUAUAUUUCCUGGAUCGUUUUUAAUUUUUUUUUAAAUUUUUUUUUUAUUUUAUUUAAUUUUUUUCUUUCCUCUAGCUUCCCCAAACUCUCUCUCCCCCAUUUCGUGAAGUUCAUUUUUUUUGUGAAAUUCACAGCAAAAGUUGGACAGAAAAAGGGGGGAUUUGAUGUAAAAGAGAAUUACUUUUAUA